AUGCAAGGCCUGGUAUCACUCCGCUUCGGUGAGGCCGGAUCGCCUUCAACUCCCCUUUGCUGCUCCCGCUGUCGGUUUUGGUUCUGGGGACGUGGAGAGACAAAGUCUGCGGAGGAAAAGGUAGCUGUUAAAAGAAUCACUAGGAGCGGGUCCCUGAGGAGUCCUGGGGGCGGUAAGGAGAAGGAAAUUCCAGAAAGUUACAGUCGUUUGCCAGUUACGGCCCUUCAUCUGAUAAAGCAGGUAUCUCGUCGUGAAUCCGCCGUGCCGGGCCAAACCCCAAACAUAGUCGCCGCCAUUGUCUCGUGUCCUUGUAUCCGUCUGACUGUCCGUCCCUCUUUCUUAGGGCUCGGCAACCCUCGAGGCAAGGAGAUGAAAAAACUGCUUCUCAUCCAAGCAGAGCAGGUCAGUGAGAAGGCGGGCAUUGCUUGGGAGUGUGGAUAUGGGUGCAAGGGCAGAGGAGGGGCUGGAGCUGGCCUGAAAGCUGGAAUCAGUGGCCCUGCCAACACUAGAGCCAAGGCUAAGAUCCAGGCCAAGGCAGUGGCUGAGGCAGAAUUGGAAACAGGACCAGUGACCCAGGCCAAGCCUGGGGAUGGAGCAGUGGCCAGGACACAGGCAGUGACCUACGCUGAGGGUGCCUUGACAAGGGAAGUGAGCAAGAUGGAAGCUAAAACUAAGACUAGAGUUGUGGCUGAGACUAAGGCAGACCCCCCUACAGAACCUGGUAUAGUGUCCCAAACCAAGUCAAAGGCCAUGCCUAUGUCCAGGGUCAGUGCUGUGACCAAGUAUGAAGUCAAGGCUGGUGCUGGAAGUGAAGCCAAUAUCAGGUCCUUUGCCAAGGCUGAUGAUAAAGACAAUAUUGGGUCCAGGUCCCAGAGAAGGAGAGAGGCCAGCAUCAAGUUGAGGGUGGGGGACAGAGCUGGUAUUGUAAUCGAGUCCAGUGAUGAGGCUGAAGAAAAUGUCUGCUCUUGGUUUUGGACUGGAGAAGAGCCUAGUGUAGGAUCCUGGUUCUGGCCUGAAGAAGAGACCCCUUUUCAAGUGUAUAAGCCUCCACGUAAGAUCCAGGAAAAGCCCAGGCCCACACCCAAACCCAAACCCGAACUUACUAUAAAGCAAAAAGCGGCAGCAUGGUCAAGGGCCAGGUUUUGUGUCCUAGUCCCAGUAGAGGGAGGGGAACGAUCCUUGCCUCCAGAAGGGAACUGGACUCUGGUUGAGACCUUGAUUGAAACUCCUCUUGGGAUUCGGCCUCUGACCAAGAUCCCACCCUAUAAUGGGCCUUACUUCCAGACCUUAGCUGAGCUCAAAAAACAGGUUAAGUAUAGGGAAAAGUAUGGGCCCAAUCCAAAAGCCUGCCGCUGCAAAUCACGUGUUUUUAGUUUAGAGCCUAAAGAAUUUGAUAAACUCGUUGCCCUACUUAAGUUAACUAGGGAUCCUUUCAUUCAUGAAAUAGCUACAAUGAUAAUGGGUAUCAGUCCUGCUUAUCCAUUUACCCAAGAUAUAAUUCAUGAUGUAGGUAUUACUGUUAUGAUUGAAAACUUGGUCAAUAAUCCCAAUGUUAAAGAACACCCUAGAACUUUAAAUAUGGUGGAUGACAACUCUGAGUCUUCUGGAGAACCAAAAACAGGAGAGUCAUAUGUAAACCAAGUUUGUAAGGACAUAAUCUCUUAUACUUUGAACUCACCUGAGCAACUGGCUGGACUAAAAUUAUUAGUGCAGCUGAGUGUAAAAUUUGAGGACCACCAUAUGAUUGUCAAUUACAUUCCAGAUUUCCUCACCUUGUUAAACAAGGGAAGUGGCAAAACCAAGUUUUAUGUUUUAAAAGUGUUUUCGCGCUUGUCUAAAAAUCAAGCCAAUACAAGAGAACUGAUCAGUGCCAAAGUACUGUCAUCAUUGGUUGCACCCUUUAACAAAAAUGAGUCAAAGGCCAAUAUUCUUAAUAUCAUUGAAAUAUUUGAGAAUAUAAAUUUCCAAUUCAAAAAGAAGGUGAAGCUAUUUACCAAGGAAGAGUUCACUAAAUCUGAACUUAUUUCCAUAUUCCAGGAAGCAAAAGAGUUUGGUCAGAAACUACAAGACUUAGCAGAGCACAGUGAUCCUGAGGUCUGCUUUAAGGCUGGUUACUUUUGCAAAGAAGGAAAGAAGGAAAAGACUCCCUUAAAUCUCUGGAGAUUUGCACACUGCUGCAGAACCCGUUGCUCAUUUCCUGCAGGAGUAUUAGGACUAUUGGGGAUGGCCUGCUGUUUGCUUAAGGCUUAAUACCACUGGAACAAAGCAAGGAGAGGAAAAUUGCACCACAACAGUGCAGAUUGAUCUCCAGUGGCAUCUCUGGUGGUGGUGGAAUUGCUGCUAACCACCACCCUCAACAGGUGUGCACCCACCCUGGAACCAUCCAUCCUCUCCCAGCUUGGUUGUGCUUCUUCUGCACUCUGUCUGUAAUAUUGGC